GAGGAGCGCACUGGCUGUGAAAAUAAUAUUUAUUUUUUAAAUCGCGAAACUAGACUCAAGUGUUUAGUGACAAAAUGCCUAAUAUUAUUAACGAAAUGAAAUUGGACUUCAAAGAUGUUCUACUAAGGCCUAAAAGGAGCACAUUGAAGAGUAGAAAUGAUGUGGACCUAUAUAGAGAGAUUACAUUUCGGAACUCCGGACAAACGUACCGGGGCGUCCCAGUUAUGGCCAGCAAUAUGGACACCGUCGGCACAUUCGAGAUGGCACAAGAACUGUCUAAGCACGGCCUGUUCACGUGUAUUCACAAAUAUUAUACAAUAGAAGAAUGGAAGAAAUUCGCAGAUGAUCAUCCCGAGUGUUUACAGCAAAUGGCGGCGAGUUCAGGAACGGCAGAUGCAGACUUCGAUCGCCUCUCCGAUAUCCUUAACAAUGUUAAAGACUUGAAAUUCGUGUGUUUGGACGUCGCCAACGGGUAUUCACAGCACUUCGUGGAGUAUGUGCGAAGAGUUCGUGCUGCAUUCCCCACCCACACAAUCAUCGCUGGAAAUGUGGUAACUGGUGAGAUGGUGGAGGAACUUAUAUUAUCUGGUGCCGAUAUUAUUAAGGUGGGUAUAGGCCCGGGUUCUGUGUGUACAACUCGGAUUAAGACUGGUGUUGGAUAUCCUCAACUGUCUGCUGUUAUGGAAUGCGCAGACGCAGCGCAUGGUCUCAAAGGACAUAUUAUAUCAGACGGUGGUUGCACAUGUCCCGGCGACGUUGCGAAGGCCUUCGGCGGUGGCGCCGACUUCGUGAUGGCGGGCGGCAUGUUCGCUGGACAUGACCAAUGUGGGGGGGAGGUGGUCACAGCGGCCGACGGCAGGAAGGUGAAGCUCUUCUACGGAAUGUCAUCUUCGACGGCCAUGUUGAAACAUUCAGGCGGAAUCGCGGAUUAUAGGUCUUCUGAAGGUAAAACGGUAGAAGUAGAGUAUAGAGGUGACGUCGCUACUACAGUUAAAGACAUCCUGGGUGGUCUACGAUCAGCUUGUACAUAUGUAGGAGCUGCUAGACUACGGGAAUUACCUAGAAGAGCCACCUUCAUCAGGUGCUGUAGACAAGUAAACGAUACAUUCUCAUAAUUUAAAAUGUUAAACAGUGUUGCCAGGUUUUGCCUUUUGAUGGGUUUUCUUCAGAAUUGAACAUAAAUCUUUUACAGAGAGUUACUCUAUUUUGCCACAUUUAGCU